UAUUUCAACACCCUGACAUGACAUAAAGGCGGGAGCUGAACCUCACAUUCGCCACUCAGACACACACCUCUUUCCUUGGGCAUUCGCUAGGUGAGGCGCUCCCUAGGACUGACUCGCUCCACUCAUGAACCUGCACCAGCAGCAGAAUCAUUUUCUGGAAAUAGACAAGAAGAACUGCUGUGUGUUCCGGGAUGACUUCAUUGCCAAUGUGCUGCCACCAGUGCUGGGGCUGGAGUUUGUGUUCGGGCUCCUGGGCAAUGGCCUUGCCCUGUGGAUUUUCUGCUUCCACCUCAAGUCCUGGAAAUCCAGCCGGAUUUUCCUGUUCAACUUGGCCGUGGCCGACUUUCUCCUGAUCAUCUGCCUGCCAUUCUUGACGGACAACUACGUGAGGAAGUGGGACUGGAAGUUUGGGGACAUCCCUUGCAGGCUGAUGCUCUUUAUGCUGGCCAUGAACCGCCAGGGCAGCAUCAUCUUCCUCACCGUGGUGGCCGUGGACAGGUAUUUCCGGGUGGUCCAUCCCCACCAUGCUCUGAACAAGAUCUCCAAUCGGACGGCGGCCAUCAUCUCCUGCCUCUUGUGGGGUGUCACCAUCGGCCUGACGGGUCACCUCCUGCACAAAAAGAUGUUGAUCAGGAAUCGAGAUGCGAAUUUGUGCAGCAGCUUUAGCAUCUGCCAUACCUUCAGGUGGCACGAUGCCAUGUUCCUUCUGGAGUUCAUCCUGCCCCUGGGCAUCAUCCUGUUCUGCUCGGCCAGAAUCAUCUGCAGCCUGCGCCAGCGACAAAUGGACAGACACGCCAAGAUCAAGAGGGCCAUCAACUUCAUCAUGGUGGUGGCCAUUGUCUUCAUCAUCUGCUUCCUGCCCAGCGUGGCUGUGCGCAUACGCAUUUUCUGGCUCCUGCACACCACGGGUACGAAGAACUGUGAUGUCUAUCGCUCGGUUGACCUGGCGUUUUUCAUCACCCUCAGCUUCACCUACAUGAACAGCAUGCUGGACCCUUUGGUGUACUACUUCUCCAGCCCAUCUUUUCCCAACUUCUUCUCCACCCUUAUCAACCGCUGCCUGCGGAAGAAGACACCACAAGGGCCAGAUAAUAAGCAGAGCACAAGCAUGGAGCUCACGGGGGAUCUGAGUACAACCAGGAGUGUUCCAGACACUUUAAUGGCCAACCCCAGUGAGCCGUGGAACCCAUCUCAUCCAGCCCCAGCUUCUCACUAAAUAAUGGAGCCAAGAAGAGAGAUUGUUACCAAGAACCAAGGUCUCUGGAGAAACGGUUUGGCUGGGUGCACAGAGUACCAUCGUUAGUCCCGGCCUGUGGUUUCCUGGAACUUCCAGAUUCAGAGAAUCAGACUUAGAGAAGUGGUGUGGCAGAGUGGGCUGCCUGGUUGCAGAAAGUCAGCAGAGGAAUCUUGGGGGGAACAGAGACUAAAGCCUCUGAAACUUCUGCUCAAUCUCUGACACUCACAGGACCGAAGACCGCAAAACUGUCCUCACCUUCUGCUGAGUAGAGUUGGAGCCACAGAGACGCCCAUCAGCACCUGUGAUUCACUGACCUCUUUCCCUCCCUUGCCUGAGAUG